GGAGUGUGAGUAUGCCCCCUGAAUUAACAAGGGCCGGUCCAUUCGAUGAUGAUGAUAUCUCAAGGCCGUCGCCCUUUUUGAAUUGAAUUGAAUUGAAUUGAAAAAAGAGAGAGAAAAGAGGAAAGAAGGGAAUCUCAGAAAAGGAAGAAGGGAGAGACGCGCCAACGUGGGGGCGAGCCAGUGAUAAGGCUAGAAUGGCCAGCGGGUGCCUGCGACGUGGCAUCACCUCGAGAUGGCGAUUGGCCAAAACGAACGGCUGUCCUUGUUACUUAGUUAGGGGAGAAGGGCGAGGGACCGGGGAAGUAGUAGCAGCAGAAUCAAUCGCAGGUGAAAGAUGGAUAUGCUCCACAGGCAUGAAGGAGGAAGAAGCCGCCGUGAAGGAGGAAGACAGCGCGACGACGGCGAGUGGGCGGACGAAGAAGAAGAACCUCUUCGAAGUAAUUCGAUAUCUUCCUAACUUCGGUAUUGGGGCGGAAGUUCACAGAUCAGACUGGCCUCCUCGUCGGUUCUAUCAAGUGACAAAUAUCCGGCUGAAUCAGGAUGGGCGGCAUGGCAAGGCCUGGGGCGUACUGUAUAAUGCAGGGAAGAUUGGCCGAGAUGGCCGCGAAGAGGAGAUCCGGGGAUCACUUAAACGAGGGUGGAGAUACGUCAAACAUUUCAAUGAACAAGAGUGGAUAACGCUAGAGUGACUGGACAGUGGCAUUGAGUAGCACAUCGUAAAGACUGAGGUCUUGGGUAAGACAGUACUGAUGUGUGGGGACUGGGUGAUCUGUGCACAUAUGCAGACGUGUGAAGGAAAGACGGGAGAUACCACGAGAGAGGGACGUGUGUUUGUGUGUGUUGAUGAGGGAGCAAGUGAGUGCAACUAGAGGCGAAAAAAUUUUGUUAUCCAUUCCCCCCCCUGAGAUCUCUCACGAGGUCCAUCUCGACUUUGCAUGGCGUUUUGUUUUCCAUUCCCCGCCUGAGUUCUCUCACAAGGUCCCUCUCUCUCUGCUGGCCAAAUGGGCACUAUGCCUUCCCUCUGUCCCAAUGUUCAAUCUCAGUACAAUGUUGGUAGCCAGAUGUUCUUUCACUUUGUAUGAUCACUUUUUUCAAGAGGGGUUUCCCGCUUAACCCACCAGUGCUUGGCCCAUACACCGGGCGGCGGCCCCUCACUGCGACUUUUGGAUGAUGUAAAUACGGCAAAGGUCGUUGAUGAGAUUUAUCAUUAGCGGCCUGGCCCCAAAAGAAGUGGUGCGUUAACGUGAGGGGCCCGCUGCCAAUGUAUGGGCCAAGUACUACUGGUUUUACUUUUAGCGGUUCUCCCAUCC